UGAUAUAUUGAGGUAGUGUCGAGUUCAAGGUCACUCAUACAACUGUUUAUUAUAAUUGUCAAUUUAAUUUUGUGUUAUCACAGUUUAUGUGUAGGCCUAAUGUGUUUCAUAUGAUGAUUAUUCAUCACUAAACACAUACUUUUUCAUUGGACAUUAUUAUACCUUCGGCAUGUGGUGGUCUGGACCACUGGUGGUCAGCUGUGUUCUGGCCCACGCCCUCUCGGCUGAUAUUCUCGCGGUAUUUCCUCACACUGGUAAAAGUCACUUUGACGUGUUUGAGCCUCUAGUACUCGCGCUGGCCGACAGAGGCCACCACGUGACAGUCAUCAGCUUCUACCCUCAACGUCAAACUGUCAAAAACAUCACGGACAUCAGUCUCGUGGGUCUCGUGCCGUUACGUGUCAAUCAAGUUAGAUUCGAUGACAUCGAAACUCCUUUCACGGACUUUAUCUCUAUGGCGACUAUGGGGCUAGAUAUGUGCGAAAAGAUAUUAUCUCAUUCGACUGUCAAAGGUUUCUUACGUGCCGAUAAGAAGGUGGAUGCCAUUCUUAUAGAAUUUUUCAAUACUAAUUGCUUUUUUAGUCUAGCCCACAAAUAUGCGGUGCCGUUUAUUGGCAUCGGGUCCGCGAGUCUGAGUCCAGACCAGGAGGCCAGAAUAGGCAACCCCUGGUUGCCAGCGUAUGUGUCUAACCCCGACCUGGCCUACUCUUACGUAAUGGGGCUGUCCCAUAAGAUAGUGAACGUAGUGUACAGCGUGGCUACGCGCGCUGUUAGAGCGUAUUACAUACAGCACGAGCAGUACGUAGUGGACCGGCUCGUGGGACACACACCGCCACUGGAGGACAUCGCUCGCAACGUGAGUGUAGUGUUAGUGAACACACAUAGCUCCAUGCUGAGAUCCCGUCCCAUGGUACCGGGCUUUGUGGAGGUUGGGGGAAUACACAUCAGACCCCAAAAAGUUUUGGAUGAAGAGUUGGAGAGGUUCAUGGAUGAGUCGAGUGAUGGCGUUCUCCUGUUUUCCAUGGGUUCGGUGAUCCAAUCGACGUCCUUUCCAGCGGAUAAAAGACAUGCCAUCAUGGAUGCCUUUGCUGAACUUCCAGUGCAAGUGCUAAUGAAGUGGGAAAGUGACACAUUACCAGGAAAACCACCCAACGUCAAACUCAGCAGGUGGCUGCCCCAGCGAGAUAUACUCGCUCAUGCCAAAGUGAGGGCGUUUAUGGGCCAUGGUGGAAUGCUUUCCACAUCAGAAGCUCUACAUUGUGGAGUGCCAAUGGUGCUGAUUCCCAUGUUUGGAGAUCAGCCCAACAACGUGGCUCAUCUUGCUCAGGCAGGAGUAGCUAUUCCACUAUCCUAUGACAACUUGUCCAAAGAAACCGUCCUUCAAGCCCUGCAAUCUGUUCUCAAUGACCCGAGAUAUCGUCUGCAGGCUCAAGCAGUGUCUGCACAGUUCAGAGACAGGCCUAUGUCUCCCUUGGAGACUGCAGUUUACUGGACUGAGUAUGUGAUCAGACACAAGGGAGCCACUCACCUGCGGUCCCCAGCUGUUGACAUGCCCUGGUACCAGUUGUGGCUUCUAGAUGUAUUGCUAGUAGUGUGUGCUACCUUCACAGCUCUUUUGAUAGCAGUGUACUGGAUGGCCAAGUGCAUUACAAAGAUGGUUAAUAGACUUUUCUUUUCCAAGAAGACAAAGAACAAAAAAGAAUAAUCUUCUGUUGUAUAGAGUUAAUAUUACCUGGUUGAUAUUUUUUUCUGUUUUUUAGUACAACGACAUCUUCAAGUGUAUCACAUACCGGUAAUUCUCUAUUGAUUGACUGAUCAUUUCAAAACAAAAUCCUUGAAUAAACUUUCUUAUUCUGCUAAA